CUUAGGAGACGCGCCAAUUCUGCUUGGAACAUGGCACACAGGCCUCAGAGGACUUUCAGGCGGCGCCAGGUCGAUUCCAGCGAUAGCGAUAGCGACGGCACGAAGGAGCAGAGUGCCGAGGAACCGGCGGAGUCAGGCAGGCCGUCUGCAGGCGGCCGAACAGAGGGAGCGGAGCGGCCGCGCGGGGCCCGCAGCGCCCGGGGCCGAGGUCGUGUCUGGGCGAGUUCCCGGCGCAGCCCGGGAGCUGCUUCCCGCGGGGACGGAGGCGCAGAAUGCAGAACAGCUGAUCUCUCAACGGAUGAAGAGGAAGGAGAACAUCCCUUGCCAGAAACUAAGGGUGAUGAGAGUCCAUCCUCGGAUAGCUCUUGCUCUCUGGAAGAAAAAGAAGUUUCACCCAUAGUUAAGAUCCCUGAUGCAGCUUUUAUUCAGGCAGCCCGCAGAAAACGUGAGCUGGCCAGGACCCCGGGGGACUAUAUUUCACUGGAUGUAAACCAUCCCUCCACCACUUCUGAGAGUAAGAGAAGCAAUGGCGAGGACUCGGAGAGCGAUCCUGAUGACCACGAAAAAAGAAUACUAUUUACCCCAAAGCCUCAAACACUCCGACAGAGAAUGGCUGAGGAAUCAACAAUCAGGAAUGAAGACUUGAGUGAAGAGAGUCAGGAAGAUGAAAGCGAGAACAUCUGGGAACAGCAGCAGAUGAGGAAAGCCGUCAGGAUCACAGAGGGACAAAAUAUAGACCUUCUCCACAGCAGUAAGUCUCAAACACUGAAGAAGUUUGAUACUUCCAUUACAUUUGCACCAGUAAAUUUGGAAAUUAUAAAGAAACAGUUAAAUAAUAGAUUAACAUUACUACAGGAUUCUCAUCGCUCACACCAGAGAGAAUAUGAAAAAUAUGAACAAGACAUCAAGAGUUCAAAGACAGCUAUUGAGAAGCUUGAGAGUGGACCAGAUCAAGCUCUAAACUACAAAUUCUACAAAGGCAUGAAAAUUUAUGUGGAAAAUAUAAUUGAUUGUCUAAAUGAAAAGAUUAGCAGCAUUGUGGAACUAGAGUCAUCCAUGUACACACUGCUUUUAAAACACUCAGAAGUACUUUUGAAACGCAGGCAAGAUGAGCUAAAAUGUGAAUCCUCAUAUUUGCAACAGUUAUCACGCAAAGAUGAGACAUCGGCAAGUGGAAGCUUGGCUCUGGAUGAAAAGGAUCAACGGAUUUUAGAAGAGAUUGAAGCUCGAAGGGAGCAGAGAAGACAGGCAAGGGUGCUGUCGGGCAACUGUGACCAUCAGGAGGGGACAUCUAGUGAUGAAGAGCUGUCUCCUGCAGAGAUGACUAACUUCCACAAGCGCCAAGGUGACAUUUUACAGGAUUGUAAGAAAGUUUUUGAAGAUGUGCAUGAUGAUUUUUGUAACGUCCAGAAUAUUUUAUUGAAAUUUCAGCAGUGGCGAGAAAAGUUUCCUGAUUCCUACUACGAAGCCUUCGUUGGUUUCUGCUUACCAAAGCUUUUAAGUCCCCUGAUACGAGUUCAGUUGCUUGAUUGGAAUCCUCUUAAGGUGGACUCCAUAGGUCUAGACAGGAUGCCCUGGUUCACAGCCAUAACAGAGUUUAUGGAGAGCAGCAUGGAAGAUGGAGGAAAAGAAGAUGGUUCCGAUAAAAAAAUCUUGUCUGCUGUCAUCAACAAAACAGUUAUUCCUCGCCUCACAGAUUUUGUAGAGAUGAUCUGGGAUCCCCUGUCAACCUCGCAGACAAGAAUUUUAACAGUGCACUGCAGAGUGGCUUUUGAACAGUUUGCUUCUGAAACUGAAGUCAGUAAAAGCAAACAGGAUUUACUUAAAUCUGUUGCUGCAAGAAUGAAGAAGUCAAUAGAAGAUGAUGUUUUUAUUCCUCUAUACCCAAAGAGCUCUGAAGAAGGGAAAAUGUCACCACACUCCAAGUUCCAAGAAAGACAGUUCUGGGGAGCUCUAAAGCUCUUCGGAAAUAUUCUUCUUUGGAAUGGACUUCUCCCAGAUGACAUCUUGCAAGAUCUGGGACUGGGGAAACUGCUGAAUCGCUACCUUAUCAUUGCUCUUACUAACGCCGUCCCUGGACCAGAUGUUGUUAAAAAGUGCAGCCAGAUAGCAGCAUGUCUGCCAGACAAAUGGUUUGAGAACUCUGCUAUGAGGACAUCACUUCCCCAGCUAGAAAACUUCGUUCAGUUUUUGUUGCAGUCUGCACGCAAAUUAUCCACAACUGAAUUCAGGAAUGAACUCAAUGGAAUAAUUCUUAUCCUGGUGAAGGUAAAGGCUCUGAGUCAAGCUGAAUCCCUCACAGAGGAGCAUCGCCUGGAGCCCCUCACAGCCCAGACGGCUGGUGUGUGAGCGUGCUGUACAGAGGUACAUGAUGAGAGUGGACAGCGCCUUUCCUGUAUACAGAUGACGCCUCCUGUCCGCUGUGCCCACCGUGGGUGUGUGGAAAGCUUCCUGCUGCUGUGUGUCUGAGGGAAGUACAUGCACAGCGGCGGCUAGCGCUCAGUGUGCUUCUCUUUAUUCUCUCAGUCUGAGAAGAUGAUGAGGAAAUCUGACACACAGAAGCAUGCCCCGUGUCAAAACCAUCUUCAACAAACUCCAACUGUUUACAAAUCAGCUAAUGAGGAAAAAUCUCUUGAUUUCUUUUGUCUUAUUCUUUUGUGGAGACUGGGUCUCAUUCUGAAGUGUAAGAAAUUGCUUAUUAAUAUUAAAUGGUUAAUACAUUUUUAUACAAAUUAUUCUUUCAAAAUCUGUACUGAUUGAUUGUAUGAAUUUAGUUUAAGAGAGUGCCAGUGAGUAUCCAGAUUUAAAUUCAUUGACAAUUUAUUAAGAAAAAAAUUUUUGAAAAGAAGGUAUAUUUUUAUAUGUUUGCUUAUGUAUGUUCCUGGGUUUAGCACUACGUCCAUGUAGGGGCCAGAAGGCAUUAGAUCUCCUAGAACUGGGUUCCAGGAGGUUGUGGGCCACCUGAUGUGCUGGGAACCAAACCCAGGUCCUCAGAAGAGAUCUUGACCACUGCGCUGUUCUCCAGCCCCUGUUGAAGAAUGAAGAUGUGUCGGUUUGGGUCAUCUAUAAUUCUUUUUGAAGUGUCCAUCUUUUUCUACAGGAAUACUGCCUAUGUUCUGACAAAUAGCUUUUCAGAAAACUGACCACUUUAAAUUUUGUGUAAGAUUUUUUUGGUAAUGAAGUUAUCAGCUGGUAGCAAGUGAGGCUUUUUUGCUGUUUUGUGUGGUUCGUGGUAGGAUUAAGGCCAUUGCUAUUUUACAUACAGAAAUGUAAAGUACUUGUCCAAUUAAGGUAGUCUGAGCCAAAGUUAUUAAGAAAUUAAGAACUUUCUCCAAAUGAUUUUAUUAGUAUUCUUAAGUAUACUUGUUAAGCAACUCAAUGAUGGCCCUAUAUUUAUUUUUCCAUGUUGCCGUUUUAGACAUUUGUUCAUUACAAAAGCAUGUGUAUAUGUGUCCAGAAAGUUUUGUAUAUAAAUGGCAGAGACUUUAUUACAUAUGAAUUUUCUAAACUUCUUACUGUUAAAGUGCACUUUUGGAAACUAUUCCCUGGCCUCAGCUUCUUAGAGGUAGACAUGUGGGUGGAUAUGCUCUCCUCCUAAACUCGGCUGAUUCUCUGUGUCACAGGAUGCUAAAGAGCAGGCUAUUGCUUUUCAAUUCCACUAUGCCUGGAAUGUGAACAUCCAUGCUUCUUUGAAACAUAAUGUGAUGCCAAUUCUACUGCCUUUUGAAAGUUCUUACUCCUGCCUCCUAGUCCUAGGAAAUGGACAAAUGCCAUAGCAAAUGCCAGUACUCAUCUGGUGACUCAUCUCCCAGACCCAGUGAGCUGCAGGCCAGCCGGGGCUGCACGAGACCAUGACACAAACCUUAAUCCACAGAAACAAAAACUUUCA